GAUGACAUUGCAAACUAUCAUACUGUCUACAGUUGAGGUGUCACUAUUAAAAGAGAGUCACGUGGUUGCUUUGAAAAGGGAACUUGGAAUCCCCCCGAACAAGAGCGGUCUUAAACUACACCUUCUGCUAACGGAGGACUACACGCUCCGCGAAAAGCUACCGUAUCUGAGCUGCCCAAACGCAACAGAGUUCGUGGAAAUGAAGUGUUAUAUCGUCUUAUUGUUGAUUCAAUCCGUCUUUCAUGUACAAUGCUGCGACCUCACGAAAAACUUUCAUCGUGGGGAAGACUGUUGCAAGAUGUGUGGGCCUGGAACAAGGAUGCCAAACACUGGCGACUGCAAAGAUCCCCGAUGUGUAGCGUGUCAAGACGAUGAAUAUCAGGAUGGGUACACAAAAGAGGUGAAAUGUAAUCGCCAGCCAUACUGUGAUCCAAAUCUUCAUAUGGAGUCAGUGAAGCCCCUCACAAAGGAACACAUCAGUAUGUGUGUGUGUAUGAAGGAUCAUCAUUGUGCCAGCGCAUCAUGUACCGAGUGUAACUCAAACAGCCUGUGCCCACCCGGCCAUAAGGUGGCUCAAAACGCCACUCGGAAUACUGACACUGAGUGUGAUGAAUGCCCUUCUGGAACUUUCUCAAGUGAACAUUCAGCGAACAGCUGUCACCCAUGGACAGUGUGUGGAGGUGUGGAUGUUAAACAGGAAGGCACUACAAAGAGUGACAGAAUUUGUGGAGAUCGGGGAAAAGCACAUCACGUUGGUCUUAUUGCAGUUGCAGUCACAGUCAUUGUAUUAAUCUUCGCCAUCCUUGUCGGGAUAUGUCUGUGGCAAAAAGGAAAAUGUGGAGUAGAUCUGGGCAAAAAGACAAAACAGAUACAAAAGUAUUUUGAACAUGUGAAGGAUAAUGAAGACAUUGAGGCUGGGAAGAAGGAACAGACUGAACUUCUCUAUGUGGUUGGACAAGAAGCUGAGGAGAAUGAGGUCAAGGAUGACACCCGAGCUGGUGUUCAGGAAGGAGGCGCGGGAGGUGACAGUAACCCCACUACUAGAACCCGCUCCGAGGGAGGACAGAUCGUACAGCAGGAGGAGGGCAAAGAGGAUGUGCUCUCACAGACUACAUCCUGUGCGUCCGAAUCAGAUGUGUGCUUUGGACCGUAAGGUGAUGUUUCCCAUGAUGACCCUAUCAGGAAUGUGUGGCAUAUUCGAUGUGCUGUUGGUACACCUGCUUGGAAAAUGUGCAACUUCUCUCCAGUUUCUUGGGCGCUGAUAUUGUUGUAAGCAUUACACCACCUACUGAACCGCAUCUGAGCAGCAGCCAGCUACUAUUGCUUCAUGCACACUGCAUUGUGAAGUGUAUGUCCCUAAUCAUAAAAAGUCUAAGCAUGGUGUAAAUAAUGAAAUCAUUAAGCUCUUUGCCAUGACCAGGCACAGGAGAAUGUUUUUCUGCUGCUCUGCACACAAAGUUAACUAAGUCUUUGUUAAAUGUUUUUUCUAAAGGUUUUUAUAUAUCUCGUUGUUUAAAUGAAUUGUUUUGGAGAUAGGAAUUGUAAGGAGUGUACAUGUAUAGCAUAAUUAAAACCUUUUCUGUCUCUA